CAGGGGGUUUUGAGCAUUUUCUGUGGUGUUUCUCUCUCUCUCUCGUUUGCCAGGGGUUUGACCCCUGUGAGGUUCAAAUACAGGGUCAGGCUGGGACCAGCCUGUGUGCCCUGUCCUGUCGCCCAGGGAAGGAGCUACCAGCUGGGGAACCUCACUGUCCAAGGCUAUUUCCAGUUUAAGAGGCAGUGCCUGCUGAUGCCUGCUGAGAUGGAUGGGUUAAGCUGCUAGGGUUUGGAUGUGGUUGUUGUUAGCUCAGUUUGUGUCUGUGUGUGUGAGAGAGAGACAGGAGCAGGCAGGCAGCAGCAGCCAUGGAUUUCAACGUCAAGAAGUUGGCUUCAGACGCUGGCGUUUUCUUCAGUCGAGCCGUUCAGUUCACUGAGGAGAAACUGGGACAGGCAGAGAAGACGGAGCUGGAUGCUCACUUUGAGAACCUGCUGGGGCGUGCAGACAGCACCAAAAACUGGACUGAGAAGAUCCUGCGCCAGACUGAGGUCCUGCUUCAACCCAACCCAAGUAAGAUCAGCCGGGGCAGGAGCUUCCAUCUCGUACUGCCCUGGGUCUGCUCGGGUAACGCUCACAUUAACAAACACUCAAAAUCAAAUGUCUGCUGCUGUGUUUACUGGUGUUAUGGUGUAACACGGUGCAAUAAUGAAUGUCCCCUCUCAGGUAGCACCCUGAUCAAGGUGGGUGAGGCCCAGAGACACCUGGGAGCUGCUGACCGGGAUUUCAUCCAGUCUUCCAUGAUCAACUUCCUCACCCCACUACGGAACUUUCUGGAAGGAGAUUGGAAGACCAUCUCGAAGGAGAGGAGACUCCUGGAAAACAGACGCCUGGAUUUGGACGCGUGUAAGGCCCGGUUAAAGAAGGCGAAGGCAGCCGAGGCGAAGGCAGCAUGUGAGGGAGAAGCGACACCUGAUUUUCAGGAGACUAGGCCUCGCAAUUAUGUGCUGUCGGCCAGUGCAUCUGCGCUCUGGAGUGAUGAGGUGACAAAGGUAAAACAGAAAUUGCUGAGUUUCUCCAGCAAUCUCUGUUUUUGUUUUAAAUCUGUGGCUGUCUGGUUACUAACCCUCCUGUCAGUACUCCCUAUCUGUCAUUUCCCUUGCCGUGUGCAGACGCAGAAAGGAAACUGGCAACGGAAAGGGGAGGAAUUAAAGCGAGACCGAGUUUACAGCCUGAAAUGUUUGAUGGUGAAAGGUGUAAUUGGUGCCCAAAUUGAGAAGACUAAUCAUCUCCGCUGCCUGCAUGAGUUUGUAGAGGCACAGGCCACCUACUAUGCCCAGUGUUACCAGUAUACCCUGGACCUGCAGAAACUCUUGAGCAGCUCCAAUACAGAAAUGUUUCCCGGGACGUUUGUGGGGAACGCUGACAAACCAGCUCCGCCCCACGGGGCUUCCCCAUCUGCUGCCACCAUUCCAGUUGUUCCAUCGUUAGCGGGGCCGUGUAACCCCACACAGUCCUCGGUGGGUUUUCCGGAGGUUAGCCCCCCAUCUAGUGGGACGAGGAGGGCCCGGGUGCUCUAUGAUUACGAUGCAGCCGACUCCAGUGAGCUCCAACUCCUGGCUGAUGAGCUCAUCACGGUGUACAGUCUACCAGGAAUGGAUUCUGAUUGGCUGAUGGGUGAAAAGGGAACUAAGAAAGGGAAGGUUCCAGUCACUUACCUGGAGCUGCUGAACUAGAGAUCCCAUCAGGACCUUCCAUUGGAGAAUUGACCCUUGCAAAAAGACCAUAUUAACAUUUACCAGCCGUGUUCUGUUGAUUCCUAAUACCAUGACCAACAUUUUUUUUUAAUUUGUUGACUUUGAUUGCAGCAGGAAGCUUUAAAAGAAAUUGCAAUGGUUUGCAAUGUUACUUUUAUAUUGUUUCAUUUCCGCGAAUUUAAACGCAUCACUGAUCGUGUAUUUAAGUUGUGAUGAAACAGUUUGGACCACGCGCUUAGCAAAAGCUGAUAUAAGUUAAAACCAAAUGGGCACAUUCCCUGGGGACAGGCUGUGAGGGGUGCUGCAGGAAUACAGUUAGUUAGAGCGACUUUUGGGUAGUCUGUACACACUGAACACUCUUUCAAGGGAUGAAGUAAUUGUGAUAAGUCACAGAAUGUCACACCUCCAUUCAUUCACACGUUCUCCAGUAUGGUUAGAAAUCUGGAGCCAGAGAGAGAGAGACCAGGGAAAGGUUCAGUUUGCAGCUGUUGUGGGAUACCUGGGGUCUACUCUGCACAAUUGCAUGUCUUUUUCUCUCUGGCAAGGUGUAAUUUUAACUCCUGCAGGUAGAACUCUUCACUGAGACACCAUUGAGUCUUUGUGUCCACGUUGCUGUGUGUAAGUCGCAGUGGGAUAGGGCUCCUGCCUGUGGGUCACCUGGAAGGAGAAAUUUGGGACGUUCCAAAAUCGAGGAAGGCAGAUAGCUGCUACUCACCUACACACUUCCUUUCUAUUGGCCAGCCCUGCCAUCCUGAAACUGUCUCAGGCACUCACCUCUUGAUGACGAGAGAUUUCAGGGGUUAAUUGUAUUUUCUUAAUUCCAUGCUCACCAAAUCCAGAAUAGGGUCAAAGCCCACUUUAUUCUCAAAUUCCCUUUUGUAAUUUUGUUUUAUUUUUGAGCUAAUUGUUUCAUAUUAGAGGUGGGUUGCUUUGUGCAAGUUUAUAGAUUUGAAUGCUUUUGGGAAGGAUACUGGAUACCUAUCAAGAGUCCUCAUCUCCUGCUCGUUCAGUAAACUGUUCACACUCCCUGUGUAAAUGUAUAGUGCUUGCAAGGUACUGGUUGUAUGUUCAUUCCCUGGUCUGUAUUGUCUGCAUUGACUGUAUGAACUCCUUCAAUUUGAGUGUAUUUGCUGCCUGUUUCAGCUGUUCUAUGCAUAGUGACUGACCUUUAAAGAUUAAUAAAGCAUUGAAUUCACACUGAC